CGGCCGUGUAUCGUACAAUAAGUACCAAGAUGUCGUUUCGGGGAGGUUUUGAACUUUUAAGUCAUUCUCAAAAGGUUCUUAGACUGUACAAAAAAUCAUAUAGACAUUUAGAAUCUUGGAUAACUGACAGGCCAGAUUUCCGCUACGAAGCAACAGUCCUGCGUGCAAGAUUUGAUGAACACAAAAAUGAAAAGAAUUUACAGAAAGCUCAGGAAUUACUAAAAGCAGGAGAGGAUGAGUUCUGGGAAAAACAGCAUCCGCAACCCUAUAUAUUCAUUGAUUCACCAGGAGGAACAAGGUAUGAGAGGAAUAUCCCACCACCAGAUUGGGUUCUAAACUGGUGGCAUCCGACCGAAAGAGCCAUGUACCCCUCAUACUUUGCCAAGCGUCAGAAGCGAUUAGCAGACGAGAAAGCAAGAUGGGAACAGUUAGAAGCGGAAGAAAAGGCUCUUCUAGAAGGAAAGGCUAAAGAUUCAUAGGAUUUAAUACAAUUACUGUAAAUAAAUUAUUAAAUUACAUAACAUUAACAGCUACAGCUCUCCCUCGUACCUCAAGUUUAAAUGCAAAUUUACACAAAUCCCAGUGAAACUUUAUUAUUGUACUUUGUUAUAAAUACCUGUGCACACAAUGUUUAUCAGAAAAUAUAGGGUGUAAUCUGAGAUUUUGUGAUUGUCAUUGAACAUUUGUACCAUAAUUUUAAUUACAAUAGUGUAGUUAAAUUUCAUAAUUAUUUGUUGCUGUGUAAAUAGAGAGGAUUUUUCAAUCAGCUAGGCUCCGACUAGCAACAAAUACUGUAUUGCAUUCAAUUUCACUAGACAUGUUCCUACAAUAAAAUUUUCAAAUUCAA